AUGCUCAUGAAGAAGAUGUGGAUAGUGGAGGAGCGGAAGGACAAGACUGUAUACCGUCGCCGCUGUCCGACUGGCGGAGAAGUCCUCUCCUUCUUCUUCGUCUCGGCAUGCGCCCUCCUCUUCCUCAUCAUCUGCACUAUUCUCUACGGCACGCGCACACAGAACCCGUCCUUGCCCCCGCUGGUCAAGGAGUACAUGCCCGCCGGCCGCUGCUUAUGCGAGUUCAAUGAGGCGCAGUGCGAUAGCGCUUUUCCGGGGCAAUAUGAGGAUAUUGAGCGUGCGGUCAAGGUGCGGAGUCGCUGGGGUAAGGUGACGCAGGCGGAUCUCAAUAGCUUCGAGCUUACGAAGGGAAUGGUCAGGGCUAUGGUUUAUGAUAGAGAGCUCUACAUCCUCGAGACUCACAUGGUCGAUAACGUCAACCGCCAAAAAGCCAUUGCAACUCUCAGCGCCAUGUACCGCGCCGUUCUCGCUGCCCCCUCAACCGCCGACAUCCCAAACAUCGAAUUCGUCUUCUCCGUAGAGGACCUCCCUGCGCAACCCCACAAACCGAUAUGGUCCCUCACCCGCCGCGUCCAAGACCACAACCUCUGGUUAAUACCCGACUUUGGCUUCUGGAGCUGGGACAUGCCCGCGCUGGGAACACUAGACGAAGUCGCUCAAGAAGCAGUACAACGGGAAGCCGUCGAGUCGUGGGACCAAAAGAUCGAGAAGCUAGUCUGGAGAGGCAAAAUCACUUUCGCGCCUAAGCUGCGGAGAGCGCUCCUCGAUGCAGCAAAAGGCAAGCCAUGGAGCGACGUUGGUCAACUCAAAUGGACGGAUCCAAAUUUCAAAGAGCAGUUUCUCGGGCCGGUGGAUCAGUGUAAUUACAUGUUCAUUGCGCACGCUGAAGGACGUUCCUACUCCGGCUCCCUCAAAUACCGCCAACUCUGCCGCUCCGUAAUCGUCUCGCACAAACUCCAAUGGAUACAACACCACCACUACCUCUUCCGCUCCAACGGCUCCAACCAGAAUUUCGUCGAAGUCGAACGCGACUUUUCCGAUCUAGCAUCCGCUAUGGAAGAUCUGCUCGACCACCCUGAAAAGGCGAAGCGCAUAGCAGAUAACUCGGUGCAGGUAUUCAGGGAAAGAUAUCUGACGCAAGCGGCGGAAGCGUGUUAUUGGCGGAAGCUCAUGAAGAGGUGGAGGGAUGUGGUUGAUUGGGAACCGGUGUUGUUUGCUGGGAGUGGGGAGGAUGGGAUGGCGAAAGAGAGGAAUAGGGUGAGGAGGAGGGGUGUGCGGUAUGAGACGUUCAUGCUUUACGAACCCAAAAUCCAACUUUCGUACCCGGAAUCGGCGCAUUGA